UUGACGUCUGCUUGUUUACAUCCGAAGGAGUUGACAGAAUUGAGCCUGUCCUUUCAGUAUGGCUCAAACUUUCAGUCUAUGACUUACUAUGACUUAUGACAUCAACUGAGCAGGAGCCAUGAGCGCAUUAGCUGGUCUCUCUGUAAUGCUCUGGAUGUUGUUUUGCCCACUGGUGUUCAGUAAACAGAUGGCAUUUGUAGAGGUGUUUCUGGAAGACCAGCAGGAUGUUUUACAGGGUGAGUUGGUCCAGGGCAGUUUGGAGAACGACCCCACAGAAAACCACAGCAAAAAGAAACAUGACCUCGAGGGAGACUUCAAAUUAAUAAAAGAUGAAGCGUCUGAAACUAAUACUGAAAAAAGUAAUCAGAACCCCUGGAUUGGAGUGGUACCUGUCCAAAUGGAGGAAGGCACAGUUUCUAGUAACAGUAACCAGGAAUCCUUUGCUGCCUCUGUGGUUAAUAAGAUGAAGCGUGCCCUUUUUUUGGGUGCAUCUGCUUUGAUCAUACUGGCUAUAAACCAGAAUACUAUCCGAGAGAUGGACCUCUCUCAGGUCCUCUCUAAGCCAAUUAUUGUUAUUCAGACAUCAGAAAAUGUCACCAAGCUCAUUGGAGCACUCCUCAUGGGCCUUCAUGCAACUGCAAAAAUCACUUACAAAACUUGUCUAGAGGAAAGCCUGGGGGCCACCCUGACCCUUUGGUCCAGUUGUGGGCGAUCAAGAAGUGGGCUGUAUGGAGAGUGGCAGGGGGUCAUUUGCACCGGGGAGACCAACUCUCAGGUUCACAAAUAGCUCCAGCAGCUGUGGAACACUGUCGUUCUGGUGGCCCUCGUCCUCUUAACGGGGGUCAUGGUUCAAGCACGCUGGCAGUACCAGGACAACCAGUUUAAUGAUGAUUCAGAGUCACACCUCAAGCAGGACAUUUUAAAGAGAUUAUCAGCACUGAAAACCAGGACGUACCGGAAGCCUAAACUGAGGUGUGACCCAAUUCAGACACCGCCUGUAGAGACGGACAAUUGUGCAGUUUGUCUGGAGCAGUACAACAACAACCAGUGUUUGAGGGUGUUGCCAUGCCUCCAUGAGUUCCAUAGAGAUUGUGUUGAUCCCUGGCUACUCCUGCAGCAAACCUGUCCUCUCUGCAAACGCAGUGUGUUUGGUAAUUUUUAUUGAGCUGCACCUGGAUGGAUUCUGGACUAGGGAUUAGUGAAAUUAAGUGGUUCAGAUGUUCGUGGCAACUAAACACCUCCUUUGUACUGUAAGGUCAGGAUGCCUCCAUAGUAAUGAUCUUUGACCACUCUGAA